AUGGCGACGCAGAGUCCACCUCAAUAUCGCUCUGGUGGCCUUUCAACGGUCCAUGGGGAUGGAGAGAAAAGGCGUCGCAAGACACGGUUGCGGAGACUGGGCGCACGGGACCGCCAGGCUGUCAAGCUAGGGCUAGGGUUGCUCAAUCGCUUUGCAGCGAAAAGGUUCGUCGAAUGGCUGGGCUCUGACCGUGGUGGGUAUUAUUCCAUUGAGGCAAGCAGACGAGAGUCUUCGGCUGCGUUCGUCCAGUCAGUUGCUGCAAUCCCAGCUUUACGUCUGGACCUGUUGCACGUCGCACAGCAGCAGUACGCGGCCGGAUACUACCAAGACGCUCUGCGCAUCUGUGAAGAACUGUACGAGUCGGACACGCACCGCCUGGACACGUUGCUGCUGCUCGGUGCACUGCAUUUCCAGCUGGGAAACAUAGCGGAGAGCGUGUUUUAUAACCAACAGUGUAUCCUCGUCGCGCCGGACUUUGCUGAAGCUUAUGGGAAUUUGGGCAACGCGUUGAAGGAACUGGGCGACUUGACGAGCGCCGUGCAGUUUUACCUGCGGGCCAUUAAACUGAACCCGCGCUUUGGAGACGCGUACAACAAUUUGGCCAGUUGUUACAUGCUUCUGGGCCAGAGCAAGGACGCUGUGGAGAUGUACAAGGUGGCGAUUGCGCUGGAGCCGCACCUUGUGGACGCACACAGCAAUUUGGGCAAUCUGUACAAGCUCCAGGGCCAGCUCGAAGAGGCCAAGCUUUGCUACACGCAAGCGAUUCACUUGAAACCUCGGUUUGCGGUCGCUUGGAGCAAUUUGGCGGGUCUGUUAAAGGACGAGGGCCAGCUGGAUGCGGCUAUUGACCACUACCGAGAAGCUAUUCGCCUUGCCCCUGACUAUGCCGACGCUUACAGCAAUUUGGGCAACGCGCUGAAGGAAGCAGAUAGAGUGGACGAAGCUAUUCAAGCGUACAAGUCGGCGUUGCAGAUUCGACCGAACUUUGCAAUUGCGCACGGUAAUUUGGCCAGCUGCUACUACGAUGCAGGCCAGAUGGAGCUGGCUAUCCACACGUUUCGCCACGCGAUUCAGCUUGAGCCGAAUUUCCCGGACGCGUACAAUAAUCUAGGCAAUGCGCUGCGUGAAUGCGGGCAGCUGGAGCAGGCGGUCACGUGCUACCGCACGGCGUUGCAGCUCAAACCGGACCACCCGCAUGCGUUCAACAACUUAGGCAAUGCACUCAAGGAUAAAGGUCUUGUGAAGGAAGCGUUGCACUGCUAUACGACGGCAGCGCGUUUGCUCCCGCAAUUUGCGGCUGCACACAGCAACAUUGGCAGUGUGCUGAAAGAACAAGGCAAGCUGGACCAGGCCCUGGCUCACUACCAGCAGGCCAUUACGAUUGAUCCGAACUUUGCCGACGCGUACAGCAACAUGGGCAAUGUGUAUAAGGAUUUGUGUCGUCUGGACGAGGCGAUCCAGUGCUACUCGACUGCCAUCCGUAUCAAGCCGCAGUUUCCUGAUGCUUACAGCAACCUAGCGAGCACGUACAAAGAUGGUGGUCGUCUCGUCGAUGCUAUCACAUGCUACCGCAAGGCUCUUGCGCUGCGCCCGCACUUCCCCGACGCGUUUGCCAACUACUUUCACUCGAUGGUGUUUAUCUGCGACUGGCAAUCUCGCACGCAGGACACGGAGAUGUUGCAGCGCUUUGUGGACGAGCAGCUAAGUAUGGAGGGCGUACUGCCGUCUGUGCAGCCUUUCCAUGCACUGGUGUACCCUCUGUCGAUGCAGCGAUUCCAGGAUAUUUCGCGGCGGUACGCCGAGCGUGCCAAGCUGAAUGUGAGUCUGGUGGACUUGCCGCCCAUGCACUUCAGGAGCAAGCGUGACUCGGAGCGUCUUCGCAUUGGUUACGUAUCGUCGGACUUGGGUAACCAUCCGCUCGCGCACCUGAUGCAGAGUGUGUUUGGCAUGCACGACAAGAGCAAGUACGAGGUGUUUUGCUACGCUACGUCACCGGACGAUGGAUCGAUUUGGCGCAAGCAAAUUGCUGGCAGCGUUGAGCAUUUUGUCGACAUUUGUGCACUGUCAAACGGCGAUGCUGCACGCACGAUUCACGCUGAUGGCAUUCACAUUCUCGUGAACUUGAAUGGCUACACGAAGGGCGCGCGCAACGAGAUUUUCGCCCUCCAGCCAGCACCUGUGCAAGUAAGCUACAUGGGUUUCUGCGGCACGCUGGGCGCUGACUACAUCCAGUAUAUGGUGGGCGAUGCGACGGUAGUACCUCCAGAAUACCGGCGGUUCUUUACAGAGAAGCAGAUCAACAUGCCGCACUCGUACUUUGUGAAUGACCACAAGCAGUCGGCGCGUGACGUAUUGGACACGUCCAAGUGCCCAACACGAGCGGACUACGGUGUGCCAGAGGACAAGUUUGUGUUCUGCAACUUUAACCAGGUGUACAAGAUCGAUCCGGUCACGUUCACGACUUGGAUGAACAUCCUCAAGCGCGUGCCGGACUCGGUGCUGUGGCUGCUGCGGUUCCCGCCUAUUGCAGAGGCAAACAUCCGUGCCGAGGCGCGUGCUCGUGGAAUCGAUCAGACGCGUCUCGUCUUCACGGAUGUGGCCUCGAAGGAUGAGCAUUUAAAGCGUGGGUAUCUGGCCGACUUGUUUCUCGACACACCCGAGUGCAAUGCACACACGACUGGAUGUGAUAUACUGUGGGGAGGCACCCCGAUGGUGACGAUGCCAAAGGAUCGCAUGGCUACGCGCGUGGCCUCGAGCUUGUUGCGCGCGGCCAAUAUGAGCGAGCUCAUUACAAAUUCGCUAGAGGAGUACGAAGAGCUUGCUGUGGCGCUGGCCAGUGACGCAGACCGGCUAUGGAAGCUCCGGCAACGGCUUGAGGACGAACGUUUGCGCAGCCCGUUGUUCGACACUCAACGGUGGGUACGGAAUCUCGAGCUGGGUUUGGGCAUGGCAUGGGAGCGCCAUGAGAAUGGUCUCUUGCCUGAUCACAUUGACGUGCCUGACGUGAAAGACGUGGAGCAGCAAAAAUCGAGGAAGCGCAAGACUCGUAAAAGCCAGCCUAGCUCUAUUGCCGAGCACUCAAGGACUGAUUGUAGCCACGAGCACGACGCCGUUGGCAGCAGUGCGCUGCCGAUGACCGCUUUGCUUUCUUGCGGCAUGCCAGCUGGCUCAAGAUGCACCCCAGUCUACAAGCAACCAUGA